AUGAAGGUGCGUGGUCUUCCCGAAGCCAAUCAUUUCACCUCAGCAUUACGAUGUGCCGACAAGAACGAGGCAGUGAUACAUCACCCCAAUGUCGAUAUGAUCCGGGAGUUGAAGGAAACGCUGGAUAAUUGGCGUUCUCGAAUGACCGGAUGUUAUGAAGAUGCCUACAACGUCACUCUACCGCCCGAAAACAGAUUCUGA